AGUAAUUAUUGGUUUUUCAAGGGUGUGGAAGUAUUGAUUAAAAUGUUUCCUUUUCUCUAACCCUAGUAGGAUUGCUGUAUUCUGUAAGCUUUAUUCUCUGUUUUUCUUCCCCAUUUUUGUCACAAGCAGCAAUAAUGGCGGCAACCUCCAUAGCAUCACAACUACAAGCUCUAAAAUCGUUAGUAAAAGCUGAUACAGAAGUGCCCAAAAGGCCUUUUACGCGACCCUCCCUUUUAUUCAAUCCUAAAGAGGCUGCUGACAUUGACAUUCAUACCAUUUUCAGCAUUGCUUUAUCUGGUUUGGAAGUGCUAGAAAAUAUUGAUGAGAGGUUCAGAAACCACAAACAUGAUCUGUUUAGUCACAAAAGCAGAGAAUUGGAUAGGGAGUUGAUGGGGAUUGAAGAAAAUAAUCGUAUUAAUGCAUCCAUCAGUUCUUAUCUGCGCUUGCUUUCUGGACAUUUUGAAUCACCUUCUGCAUUUAAGACACUGGAGUACUUGAUUCGUCGAUAUAAGAUUCAUGUUUACAACUUUGAGGAGCUAAUCUUGUGUUCGCUGCCUUAUCAUGAUACACACGCUUUUGUUCGGAUAGUGCAAUUAAUUGACUUUGGGAAUACUCGCUGGAAGUUCCUUGACGCUGUUAAAGGGUCAGGGGCACCUCCUCCCAGAGAAGUUAUUGUCCAGCAAUGCAUACGUGAUAUGGGUGUUCUCGAGGUUAUCUGUUCUUAUGGAACUCCGGCAAAGAAGCAUCGGCCUGCUACUCCUGUGAUCAGCUUUUGCACAGCAGUUGUGGUUGAGGUUUUGGGCUCGUUGGCGACCGUGGAUAGUGAUAUUGUGAAGAGGAUUCUUCCCUUUUUGAAUUCUGGUCUGCAGUCUAGGGGUUUAGGGUCUUCAGACUAUAAAGCUGGCACUUUGAUGAUUGUUGGUCUAUUAGCAAACAGAGUAUCAUUGUCUCCCAAGCUAGUCCACAGCUUGGUUCGGUCAGUGGCUGAAUUGGCACAGGCAGAUGCACAAUCAUCAGCAGAUUUACAGUGGGUUCAGUUAUCGAUUAUGGCUCUAAUCAACAUUGUGCAGUUGCAGUUUGUUGAGACACUCCCUAAGAAGGCAUUAGACGUCUUAAAAGAAAUCAGAGAUCUCCCCGAGAUUCUUUUACAAUUGACCACCGGGUUUAAUAUUGACAGAUUUCUAACUGUGCUUUUGGAGUCCCUAAUUGACUACAGUAGUUCUGACAGGCAGUGCAAGCUUGCUGUGAUAUCGAUUCUUGAAACUGUUACUAUCAGUGGCCUCGUUCGAGGUGUAGUUUUCAAGCUUCUGUCUUCAUGUUUACGGUUAUCUCAGAAUGCUGAUGGCUCAGAACUAUCUGAGUCAGGAAGCUGGGCUAAUCAAAUUCUGCUUCUUCUCAAUAAAACGUAUCCAGAUGAAUUACGUUCUUCUGUUCAUGAAUUCUUGAAUGACAAAAAAGUGCGACUGAUGGGUGAAAAUUCUGUUAUUGAGGCCUUAUGCAGAAUGCUAGAUGGAAACUUGAGAUCACCUGUGGACUUCACAGAGUCGAAAAUUUGGUUUGGGCUAGAACAUCCAAAGGCGGAAAUCAGACGGGCUACACUCUCUAAUCUUGAUCUGUCCUCCCUUUUUCAUGGUGGGGUUAUGUCAGAUAUGUUCAUAACUGUCCGGGAUGCAGUUGUGCAUUGUCUCUCUGACAGUGAUCUGAGUGUUGUUCAUGCUGCUAUAUCCCUAGAUAAACUGUCAAAGCUCUUAGACCCUGCUAGUUUGUUGGAGAUAUUUCAGAAUUUGCUUCAUAGAUGUACUCAGAUUUUGUUAUCGGCUGAAUCGAAGGACCGUUCUCUUGCUGGUGAGGUUGCUGUCUCAUGUCUGCAGCAUGUGGUUUCUUUUGCACAAGACCGAACUGAUUUUGUGGAGCGAGUUGCUACAAUGAUACUCCCUUUCAUUCUUGUUUUUCCAAAGUCAAAGAAGCUGAACUUGAAGGCCCAGGAAUUGGCCAAAGAACUUAAGUGGCCUUUCUACAGGGAUCUAAUCCCAGCAUCAUCAUCAGAUGUUAAAAAGGAAAUUAGAAAGAAAUCAGGAAGGCAGUGGGUUUCUGCAGUUAAUAUGUCAACUGUUCGCAGCUUGGUGUGCGUUUUCUCUGAGGAUUGCAAUGAAUUUAUGCCAUGGCUUAUCAAAUGUUGUGAUGAAUCUGAAUUGUCAAAAACAGUAUUCUUCUUGGUGCUACUACAGUCAUUUAUGAUGCAAAAUAAUGCUUUUCUUCAAUUUUCUAUGAUGUAUGAAGCUUGCCAUUCCUGCCUUAUGGCUGAGUGGAAAAAACUCGAGCUUGAUGAGAAUGCUUUGCAUGGUCUAGAGUUUAGUUCUCGGAAUCUUGAUACAGAAGACUUAAAGUUCCUAGAGGAGUUUGAUGAAAGCAAUCUUACACAAUUGAAUGCAAGAAUCUUGGUUUUUGUGUAUUGGAGGGCAAUUAAGGCAUAUACCUCAGCGGUGCCAACAAAUGUUGACAUGGAUGAUGAUGGAAAAUGGAUGAGCGUGCUGCGUGAUCUUUAUAUCUUCUUCGCUGAAUCUAAUCCGAAGCACAUUUUUCAGGAACACAGAAAUUACCUUAUUCAACAUUGCAGAGUCUCUCCCAUCCAAUUCCUUUCAACCUUCAUUAGCGUCCCAGGUGUUUCUCACCGAGUUCAAAACGAGAGUCUGCAUUCAUUGACUUUGCUAUGUUCUCAAGCAGAUGAGGGUUCAGCUAUGCAGCAUUUGGCUGGAUUCCCUUUGAUGCUUAUUCCAUUAUCCAGUGAUGUCCUGGAAGUCAGGGCUGCAGCUAUGAAUUAUGUUGAAGAGCUUAGUAAUCUGUGCUCUCGUGUGAAAUUUGCAAGCAAGAAAAAUGGGAGUUGUGACACUUUGAACUCUUUUAUUGACGAGCUUUUGAGCUUGGUGGUGCAGCAGAAGAAGCUAAUUGUGUCAGAUAAGGAUUUCCUUCCUUCCUUCAUGGCAUCAAUACUUUCAUCAUCUUAUGAGAGCCUUCUUGUGCCUCAGGAUGUUGGUCAGAGGUUAGAUAAGUUCACUUCUGAGAAGAUACUAUCUUUCAUAAUAGGAUCAGCUAUGAGAUUAUCUGGAUAUGCAAAGAUGAAAGUUCUCUCCCUUCUGAAAGUGUUGGGUGGUUCCAUUCUGCGCAUAAAGGACGUGGAGUAUCUGUUGUGUGAGCUUUUGAAGCGGUGUCACAGCUACCAUUUUAGACAUGAUAAGUCACGUGAAGCAUUGUCGACCAUUGACGUGGAGAUCCUCUGCCUUCUAAUUGAGAUCUGUUGCAUGCCCACAUCAUUCGAUGUGCAUAUUGUUGAAGAUCAUCUAUUGCCAGCUCUAUGCAUUGAGGGUUUAUUGCCAGAUGAUGUGGCUGUUGUUAAGCUAUUCGUUACAUUUUUACAGAAUCUGAACGGAAAUCUAUAUAGGAGUUUGAGUUCUGAGGCACAGCUAAAACUUUUCCAGCAAUUAGUUGUUCUUUACCAUGACACUAACAUUGAUGUACAUGAUGCCAUUAGAGAAGCUUUGUUGCGUUUGGAUGUUUCUUCUUCAACUGUUGCCAAGCUAUUAAAAACUGUCCUCGAAUUUGAAGGUGACUUUAUGGGUUCCUCAAACCAGAAGAAGAAAUCUAAGAAGCAUAAUCAUACUUCGUUGUUUGGAGGUCGAAGUGCAUUUAGCUCUCUUAGCUCUCUACUUGAUGUACUUCUGUUAAAGAAAGACCUGGGCAGCCGGGCUCUUCUCAUAGAGCCUCUUUUUCAGCUUUUGGAGAAGGCCUUCUCAAACAAAUGGGCCCAUGAAGUUACUCAAGAGGUUUGGGUACCAGCUUCAUCAGGCGUCUCUCAAACCGCAUCUAGUGCAUUGUCUUACAUUCAGCAGACACUGUUGCUUAUCCUAGAGGAGAUAAUUGCUUCAAUCCCAACUGAUACCUCAAUGGACGAUAGCGAAUUUGGUAAAUUUGAUGUUUCGUUGCUUGUUGAUUGUGCCCGAUCUGCAUCAGAUGUUGCCACCUGCAAUCAUGUGUAUUCACUAUUUGCUACAAUUGCCAAGGUUGAACCUGACAAGGUUUUGCACCAUAUCCCUGCUAUUCUUGCCGUCAUCAGUAAGUCAUCAGUUAAUCAUGAGGAUGCUCAUUCAAUACGUGUAUUUGAAGGUCUUAUUUCUACUGUGGUUCCUUGCUGGUUAUCUAAGAUGAACGGUGCAGAGAAAUUGCUUCAGAUUUUCGUCCAUGAAAUGGCUGGUGUUGCUCAGCAUCGAAGGCUGUCAAUAUUUCUUCACCUAUUAAGAGCUCUUGGAGAAAGCAGUAGUCUGGGUUCAUUGCUAGUCCUCCUUUUCUGUUCAUUGGUUUCAAAAGAGAGACUUUCUUCUCUUCAUCAUGAGAAAGACUCUUCCGAAUUCAUGAUUUCCGUUAUUCAAACAGAAUGGGAGUAUAAUUUUGCAGAACUAAUAUGUGAACAGUAUACUUGUAUGAUAUGGCUCCCAUCACUUGUAUUUCUGCUCAAGCAAUUGCAAGAAGGUCCUGAUAGUAAGCAAUGUAUGACACUGUUGUUUUCUAUGAAGUUUGUUCUCGGAAAACUGCAAGAUCCUGAAGUUGCCUUCAAGCUUCAGUCUACAGAAGAUAUUGAAACUAUCCAGGGAACACUCUCUGAGCUCAUGGAGCAGGUUUUAUUUUGUUGGGAACUUGUUGACUCAAAUAAAAAGAAAACAUCGUUUCCGGGAUUUUUGAAGAAAGAGUUGAAAGAGAUUGUUCAUGCUGUUUUGACGAAGAUUACCAAUUGGAUGCUUCCUUCGGCUUAUUUCAAAAGCAUCAUUAGGUUAUUGGUUCAGCCUGUUCUGGGUGCAAGGAAGAAGGCUCUACAAGUCCUUUGUAAAUCUUUGAAAGAUCUUGAUGUUAUCAGAUCUAAAAAAGAAAAGGGUCAAAAUAUGCGCCUGAGAGGCUCGUGGGAUCGUCUUGAUGGAGCUGAUUUAGACUCCUUUGCUGCUCUUAAUCUGGAAAUCUUGAAGUUAGUUGAUAAUUCUAAGAGUGAUCUUAAUGUUUCACUCAGGCUGGCAGCAAUUUCAGCUUUAGAAGUGUUAGCCAACAAAUUUCCUUCUGAUCAUACAGUAUUCAGCAAAUGCCUAUCUAGUGUGGUGAAGAAUGUGACAUCUGCUGAUCUUGCUGUUGCUUCUGGUUGCCUACGAACAGCUGGUGCAUUAAUUAGUGUUCUGGGGCCGAGGGCACUGCCCGAGCUUCCUGAAAUCAUGAAAUAUGUUCUGCAGAAGACUCGGGAUGUGUCUCUAUCAUCUGUAUACGCUGAUGAUAACGAUAACCAGACAGCUUCUUACGAUAGCCUUUUGCUGUCUGUUCUCGUCACUUUGGAGGCACUAGUGGAGAAUCUUGGUGCUUUUUUGAAUCCGUAUCUUGGUGAUAUCCUAGAAAUUGUGGUACUUCACCAUGAUUAUGUAUCAGAGUCUAAUCAAAAACUGAAAUUGAAGGCUGAUAAUGUUAGAAGGCUGUUCAGUGAGAAAGUUCCUGUUAGACUAGCAUUACCUGCCUUGCAGAAUGUGUAUUCAAAGGCUGUUAAGGCAGGGGAUUUGAACUUGUCCACUAUUUUUGAGUUGCUCGUGAAUUUUAUUAGUAAAAUGGACAAAUUAUCGGUGAAAGGUUACCAUGCACACAUUUUUGACCUCUGUAUGCUUGCUCUCGAUCUUCGUAGUCAACAACUUGCUUCUGUCAAGAAUAUCAAUUUUGUCGAGCAACAUGUCAUCAGUGCAUUAAUUGCUUUGACAAUGAAGAUGACGGAGACUAUGUUUAAACCUCUCUUCAUUAGGUGUGUUGAAUGGGUAGAGUCGAAUUCAACCGAAGAUAAUCAUACCGCGGACAAAAAUAUCAAAAGGGCAAUUUCUUUUUAUGGAUUGGUGAAUAAGCUCGCUGAAAAUCAUCGAUCCCUGUUUGUGCCAUAUUUUAAAUAUCUGCUCGAGGGAUCUAUCGGCUAUCUCACUGAUGAUGAUGGUGGUAAGAGCGUCCAUUCUAGGAAGAAAAAGAAGGCCAAACUUCAGAGUUCUGAAAGCAGAAUGAUCGAGGCAUCCGAUACCAUGUCAGUGGAAUCAUGGCAUCUAAGGGCUUUGGUCUUGUCAGCCCUGCAUAAAUGUUUUCGUUAUGAUUCUGGGAGUGUUAAACUUCUGGACUCCGCAAAAUUCGAACUUCUGUUGAAGCCCAUCGUUUUGCAGCUUGCUGUAAAGCCACCAGUUUAUACUGCAGAGCAGGCAGACAUACCAUCUGUGAGUGAAGUAGAUGACAUAUUGGUAUCUUGUGCCGGUCAAAUGGGAGUAACAGCCGGUUCUGAUCUUCUGUGGAAGCCGCUGAACUAUGAGGUAUUAAUGCAAACGCGGAGCGAAAUGGUGCGUGCUCGUAUUUUAGGCCUGAGAAUCGUUAAAUACUUGGUUGAGAAUUUGAGGGAAGAGUACCUUGUGUUAUUGGCGGAAACAAUUCCCUUCCUUGCUGAGUUGCUGGAGGAUGUCGAGUUACCAGUGAAGACCCUCGCUCAAGAAAUACUCAAGGAGCUCGAGUCUAUGAGUGGCGAGAACCUUCGGGAAUAUUUUUAACCAUGCUAUCAGUGGCUUUAAGAAAAUAGAGUUGCAGAAUAUCCAGUUUUGUUGGCAUCGCAUCGUUGAAAUUGAUACAUCAAAGUCUUCGUUAUGGCAAAAGCUCUUGAUGAAUCUGUACCCGGUCGUUUCUGAUCAUCUUAUAAGAGAAAUCCCGAAAGAUGAAGAACUUGGGAAAGUUUUACCAUGGGAGUAGUCUUCUUCUAGUUAUAGGAGUUGAGAACCAAUUUAACGGCGAAGUUUUGAGCUUUUUUGAUAGGAAGUAGGAGUUUUUGUGUUUUUGAUAGCGAGUAUAAGAUUUGAACACUAUUGUCAAUUUGAAUACAUUCUUUGAUUAUCAGUGUUAAAUUUUGAAUAUAAUUAAUGUAAUUUAUCUGGGAAAUGUGCUUGAUAAAAUUAUAA